ACCAUCUGCAACCAGAUCGAUCCAUAUCCAGUGUAUAUCCCUCCGAGAGCUGUUAGAGCGAGCUGAGGUAGGUUGGCCUGUGUGCUGGUCACGCGCGCCUAGCGUCUUCCGUACCUGUUCAUCGCGUUCGAUCGCCGGCCGGCCAAGGGAUGGAUCGCUUUACCGAGACGGAGGGAAAGAUGGCACACGACCCGCUGUCCUACGCCCCAAGCUUCGCCGAAGAGACCGAGGGCAAGAUGGAGCAGGACCCGUUGAUGUACAGCCCGCGCAGCGCCGCGAGGGCCACAGCAACCGGCAUCCCCGUCGUCGGCGACGAAGGCGUGGCCGUGCUACCAGGGCCGCUGAUCGUGGGCGCGGGGCCUGCGGGACUGGCGUGCGCAGCUAGGCUCACCAUGGGAUCCGUGCCCUACGCGCUCCUGGAGCGCGACGUGUGCGUCGCUUCCAUGUGGCACCGCCGCACGUACCGCAGGCUGUGCCUGCACCUGCCCAAGCGCUACUGCGAGCUGCCACUCAUGCCCUUCCCGCGCAGCUACCCCACAUACCCGACCCGGAAGCAGUUCCUCGCCUAUAUCGACGAGUACAUGCGCAACUUCGGCAUCCGCCCCUUCUUCCGCCAGGAAGUCAUCGCCGCCGAGCACGACGGCGAGUACUGGUGCGUGCGCACAAAGGAUUCCAUCACCGGCCCCAUCAAUGGUGGUGGCGAAGAAUCCAUCGUCUCCUCCACAAGGGAGUACCGCUCCAAAUGGCUCAUAGUGGCCACCGGGGAGAACGCCGAGCCUGUUGUACCUGAGAUUGAGGGAAUGCAUAGCUUCAAGGGCCAGCUCAUGCACUCCAGCCACUACCGCAGCGGCGAGGCCUUCCAAGGCAAGAAGGUGCUUGUGGUCGGCUGUGGCAACUCAGGCAUGGAGGUGUCUCUCGACCUCGCCAACCAUAAUGUGCACACCUCCAUGGUUGUGCGUGAUUCGGGGCACGUCCUUCCAAGAGAGAUUAUGGGACUCUCAACUUUUACUUUGUCCGUGUGGCUUCUUAUGUUUCUACAUGUCCAGAUAGUAGAUCGAAUCCUUCUACUGCUUGCUUGGUUUGUUUUAGGCAACACUGCGCGCCUUGGUAUUCCUCGGCCUAGUCGGGGCCCAAUGGAGCUAAAACAAGUGUGUGGGAAGACGCCGGUGCUUGACGUUGGUACAAUAGCAAAGAUUAAGUCUGGAGACAUCAAAGUAUUUCCGGCAAUUCAAAGUUUCCAAGAGCAUGGUGUAGAGUUUAUUGAUGGUAGGAUCGAAUCAUUUGAUGUUGUGAUUCUUGCCACAGGUUACAAAAGCAAUGUUCCUUUUUGGUUAAAGGAAAACGAGUUUUUUUCACAGAAAGAUGGAUUUCCACGCAGGCGAAAUGAAUGGAAAGGAAAGAAUGGCCUUUAUGCUGUUGGGUUCUCAAGACGUGGUCUACUUGGUGUAUCAAUGGAUGCCACCAAAAUUGCAGACGAUAUUGUGCAGUCUUACAAUAACAUAUGAUAUCUGAUUAUUUUAUUGAUAAAUUUAGUCAUCAUCAUUUGAGACUUUUGUAAAUAUAUGUACUGGUCUAUGUACAUAAAUUACAACAGGUGGAUAUGCUAGAGAACAAAUAUUAGACUAGCUUAUCUAUCAAUGCACUCAUCAUAUAGUUCACAUAGGCUAGUACAUGUUGCAUUUUUGAGGCUCAAUAAAAAUAGUCGAUAGAAUUAAUUUUUUCUUUCUAUUUUUUGGCAAACAUUGUAAGUUGUUUUUGUUACUAUUAAUCAAUUAUAAUGGUAAUAUUUAUCAUUAUAUUUA